AUGGCAUCAACUGCGAGUAACUUUGGUAUAUGUUCUGGCUGCCGCAGCAUCAUACAGAACCGUGAGUUCUUGGUAUGCGCUUUAUGCAAAAUGAAAUAUGAUUUAAACUGUGCCAAUAUAUCUCAAAGCCGCUUUAAUAGCUUUUAUGCACCUGACAAAGAUCGCAAGCAUAGCUGGAAGUGUCCAGAAUGUUGCAGUAAGCAACCUAAAGUGGAUAAUACUAACAGCCCCAUCCAACCUGCUGCUCGUCGCGACCUUGUGGAAACCGGAGACCUUGGCAACACCUGUGGUACUGGAAACUUGGGACCGCACUCCGGAAAUGUCGCCCUGAGGAAGCGCGAUCUGGCAAAGUCAAUUUCUCUCGUUGACUGCUCAUCAGAGGAACCUGGAAAUGGCGGCGAUUACAUUACUGAAACUAAGCUGAGAAGCAUACUUCAACAGGAACUCGCGGGAGCACUUCGUUUAACAAUAAGGCAGCUUGUGACCGCAGAGAUAAAGAAUAUGUCGGGCGAAAUCAAGGAACUGAGGGAAUCUCUAACGUUUUUCAACAGGCAGUAUGAAGAUUUAAAAUUGGCUUUGGACGAAAGGAAUACAUUAGUCGAUAACUUAAGAAGGGACAAUGAUAAGCUGAAUCUAGCAGUAGACAAAUUGACGCAUCGGCUCCACCUAGUUGAACAAAAUAUGAGAGACAGCAAUAUCGAAAUAAAUGGCAUUCCGGAACACAGACACGAGAACUUAAACAAUGUUGUUGAACAACUCAUUAAAACUGUAGAUGCUCCAGUAUCUGCUGAGGAGAUUAUUCAUGUAACACGGGUUUCUAAGCUGAGCAAAGACAGCAAUCGGCCACGUGCAGUGAUAGUGAAGCUGCGUGCACCCAGACAACGUGAUGCUAUUCUUGCUUCGGUAUCUGCGUUUAACAAAAAGAAUAACAAGGAUAAACUAAGCUCUCAACACCUCGGCCUUGCUGGUAUUAGUAAGCCAGUCUUCGUCUCUGAACAUCUGUCUCCAACAAACAAGCGUGGUCGUUCGGUAGAGUCUAAUUUGUCUUCCUUCGUGGCCGCGGUAGCACAGGACGUGGACAGGGGACUGCAGGUAGACACAAUAUACACAGACUUUUCAAGUGCCUUCGACAAAGUCGGCCACCAAGCCCUGCUGUCUAAACUAAGAGUGUUUGGCAUAAGUGGUUCGCUGUUGCAGUGGUUAGAAUCUUACCUGGCAAUGAGAUCUCAGCAAGUGGCUAUAGAUGGAUUUGAAUCUGAAAUGUUUUUGGCUAAGUCUGGUGACCCUCAGGGGUCCCACUUGUGUCCUCUACCUUUUUGA